ACAGACGUCAAAAAGGCCUCACGUUUCCAAAUACGUUUAAUUAUAAUUUAAUGUUUGAGUUUUUUCAACAUCUUUUCAUCUUCAGAUUAACAGUUCUCAACAAAACCUUUUUCCAGUACAAGUAUAUUGCCAAAAAGUGCUUUGCGUUGCACCACCGUAAUUUUUGAAAGAAAAUUGGGGGGUGGCGCAGGCGUCUGAAGGGCCUUAUCACGCGGUCGGUCCGCGCGUGUUUACCAUUGAUAACGCGACUGUUUUCGGACGCACCGGCGCCAGUUCCGUCGCCGCCGCCGAACGCUCGUAACCGGCCCCCACAACGGGAACAUGCACCGAUUCUGUAUCGUGCUCAUGUUCGUGGCCUGCGUCGCGGCGCUAUUGGACACAAAGGACGUUGUAUUCGUCAUACUAAGCCAGGAAAACAGAUAUCAUUUACGACUCGCCGAAAACUUGAAGCAAGACAUUCAUAAGCAGGCGGAGCGCAUCUCCAAGAGUCAUCCGAUAGUGCAUUUGUCCCAUUCGGAUUUUCCGCAUCCCGGAGGCUGGACGAUCUUGCCGCUGAUUCCACGUCUGGCCAACCUGCACAAGGGCAACAGUUCGUGGAUUGUCUUCCUGGAGGACCGGACGAAGGUUAAUUUGAACGUCCUGCUCGACAAGCUCAUUCAGUACAACAGCGACAAAGAAAUUUGGGUCGGACACGCUCUGUACGACAAGGAGGCGUCGAUAAUACAUCACUUCGCGUUUUACGACAAUCCGUCCUACUUCAAGUAUCCGAAUGUUGCCUCCGGCUUCGCCAUGAGUGUGGCGCUGGUAAAAAGAUUGUCGGAAAGGAUAAAGAAACACAAUCUGCCGCCAUCCGACUUCAACAUCGACAACUCCCACGAGCUGGCCCUCUUCGUCUGGGACAACGGCAAAGGUCCGAUGCUGGUGGACGACGCCUCCUUCUGCAUCAGAGAGGAAUCGUACUGCGCCGCCUAUCCGACCACCUUCCAGAUCUGCGGCGAACCCGUCGCAAAGGAGUCGAUAUACUUCGCCGUGAAAACAUGCGAGAAGUAUCACGGGGACCGCGUCCCGGUCGUGAAGAAAACCUGGGCGAGACACGCGGCCCGCGUCAAGUUCUUCAGCGACGUCGAAGACGAUUCGAUACCGACCGCCACGGUGGGAAUACCGAACAGCGAGCAGGGACACUGCAGGAAGACCGUCGGGAUCCUGAGGUACGUCGCCGACGAGAUAAGGACGCAGCCCCAGAUCAAGUGGAUCGUGGUCGCCGACGACGACACUAUUUUAAGCGUGUCGCGGAUGCAACAGUUGCUCACCUGCUACGACAGCGACGAGAUGAUCGCGUUGGGCGAGAGGUACGGUUACAACGUGCAAAACAUGCACAACCACCACGGCUACAAUUACAUAACCGGCGGCGGAGGCAUGGUGUUCAGCAGGUCGCUGCUGGAGGAGCUGGUGCGUCCGGAGUUGUGCGAGUGUCCCUCCCUGACCACCCCCGAUGACAUGUACUUGGGCAUCUGCAUUGCCAGACUGGGGGUCACCGUCACCCACUCGCCGCUGUUCCAUCAGGCCAGACCUGCAGAUUACGCCCAGGGCUUUCUGGAGAUCGAGGAUGCCGUUUCGUUUCGCAAACACUGGAUGAUCGAUCCCAUUAACGUUUAUAAAACGUGGUUUUCGCACGUUGAUUCCCGAAAUGAGAUGCAUGUACAUAAUGAGUUAUAGCAUAUAAUUGCAUAUAGUCUAUUGCCAUUUGUAUUAUUAUUAAGUUUUCUAAUAAAGUUUAUUUUAAAAUAAAA